UCAGUCUCUUUUUGGAGCUUUCAGAGUAUACUUCCACUGAAAUUACAGCAUGCUUGAAUGGUUUAUUUCACCAAUAUUUGCUUAUGGAAAUAAAGGGGAGUGCCAGAGGAGAAAGGAGAGGAGGAGUGGAGGAGGGGUUUGAGGUUGAGGGAGGCUCUAACCACAGCACAGAGCAAGGCAACCUUGUCUGAUGUGAUCAUUAACCUUCCUGGAAAACGCAGCUGGCAGUUCUCUGAGCUUUGUCAUUAGAAUGUGAAGACAGCCACAAAGAUAUUGCACAGACUAUUUACAGAUCGGUUUGGUUUACACUGAGAGCCAUUGCUCCACUUUUGUGCGGUAGGAAAAUGAGAUUUCAGAAAUUCCUUUUUGCAUUUUUUAUUUUUCUUAUGAGUCUUCUCCUUAUCAGCGGACAGAGACCAGUCAAUUUGGCCAUGAGAAGAAAAUUGCGCAAACACAAUUGCCUUCAGAGGAGAUGCAUGCCUCUCCAUUCACGAGUACCCUUCCCCUGAGAUCUCUCUAGCUAACUUUACCGGAUCUAUCAGAAGAAGAAGAGGAGUGAAGCAAAGAUACCCAACCACCCAAAAGCACUUCAUGAUGGCAACAGUGUGAUUGCUUAGAAGUUCCUAUAUAAACAGGGAGCAUUUGAAGGCAUCUGGGAUGGUUUAUUAGUUUCACAGAAUUUUAUUCUUCUUGGUUUCUCUUGAGAGGGAAAAUAACAAAAAUUCAAAGGGAUUCCAAUCUGAAGCCCAAAUUAUUGGCCUACCUACCAAAAACAUCUCAUCUUUUCCUGCACAUUAUUAUUCUCUUAUGGAUUAAAAGGCAAAAACCUUUUAGUGUCUUAGAAUUCUUUCAUGAUAAAAAGUGCAAGAAUUUAAAAUGUUCCUUUUAUACUCCUAUAAUUCUCCCAAAGUAUUAACUUUGUAUAUGUUUCAGUAAUUUUCUAAAAACUGCUCAAUCUGAAAAUGAUUUCAUUGACCAUUUGGCUUUGUACAAUAAGGAGAAAAUGAUUGAUUCAUUGAUUACAUAUAGAGAAAGACUAAGAAAAGCCAUUAAUUGCUACCAAUUUUAUGAUAGGCUUUAAUGUUUAUGAAAAUAUGCUUCUUUGAUUUAAUGAGUAAUGUUGUUCAUUUGUAGUUAAAAGAAAGCAUGAAAUCCUACUUGUAGUUCAUUUUAUGUUAAAAUAAAACCAUUUUUUGUUUUCGUUUUUGUCUGAGACAGAGUUUCACUCUGUUUUUUGCCCAGACUGGAGUGAAGUGGCACUCUCUUGGCCCACCGUAACCUGCACCUCCCGGGUUCAAGAGAUUCUCAUGUAUCAACCUCCCAAAUACAGGCUGAGAUUGCAAGUGUGCACCACCACAUCCAGCUAAUUUUUGUAUUUUUUGUAGAGAUGGGGUUUCACCCUCUUGCCCAGGCUGGUCUUGAACUCAUAUCGGAACCAUUCAUUUUUGAACCUUUCUCAUCAUGUAAUUAUAAGGAGCCAAUGUUUGAUUUUUCUUUUAAGUUUUGCUGUAUCUUUUAUUAUUUUGUAUAGAUAAUUCCUUAAAAAGGCUUACUUAAAGUUGACAUCUAAAAUACAGUUAUGCCAAUGAUGUCCAAUUCAGGGUGAUAUCUGUAUCUAAAAGAUGCGAGCUCAUCAUCCUAACAGGUUUUGUCUUGAUGCUGUUCAUCCUGAGAUGCUGAGUUGUGGAAAUACAACAUCAGAAGGAAUUAGGGAUGUAAUUACUCAAAAAGGAAACUAUCCUGUCUAAAUUUGAAUUUUGUUGAUAACUAGGUGUUCCCAGAUGUAAAGCAAGCUCUUAAUCUGUAUUUAUUGAAGGAUUUUU